AUGCGAUUACGUAUUCUUCUCUACAUGGUUUCUUCGUCCACACGUUCGACUUGGCGUCUCGCCCGAAUCCGUGAGCGAUGUUUGCCUUUUACUGGAUGCACUUAUAGUCUGUUCAUAUCUCAAUUUGAUCAUAUCUAUCUAUCUAUCUAUCUAUCGUCUGUUCAUAUUUAUCUAUCUGAUCAUGUUCGUAUCUAUCUAUCCAUCUAUUUCAGUCUGUUCAUAUCUAUCUAUCUAUCUGUUCAUAUCUAUCUAAUCUUCUGUUCAUAUCUAUCUGUCUGGUCCUGUUCAUAUGUAUCUAUCUAUUUCAGUCUGUUCAUAUCUAUCUAUCUAUCUAUCUAUCUAUCUAUCUUAAUCCUUAGAUCUGGGUGGAUCGUUGGUGACGAUAAGAAGACAAAAGAAAAACAAAAAAAAACCCUCGGAUCGAUCCUUUCCAUCCGUCCUACGCCGUGGCGUCACCAAUGGCCCGACCAACCCUUAUUCCAAGAAAGAUCAUUCUCUCUCUCUCUCUCUCUCUCUCUCUCUCUCUCUCUCUCUCUCUCUCUUAUGUUCCUUCAGGAUUUGUCUUCGUUUAUUUUUGCCCUUUGCUCUCUUGACAAAAAUCCUCGAUAUUUGCGUAAAAAAAUUGAACUACGACGAAAAAAGGAUUCUUCUCUCUCUCUCUCUCUCUCUCUCUCUCUCUCUCUCUCUCUCUCUCUCUCUCUGCGAUACUCCUUCAGGAUAUAG